AGAAAGUUUGAUCGAUACCUACAAAAAUUCCAACCCAACAUGCAACAAAAUACAAAAUUUACCUGUGAUAAUCCCAAUCAACUGACAUUCAUGUGACAAUCACAAAGCAAUUUUUAUAGCAGUUUAUUUAGUAGAAUAUUUCAAGAUGAAUGAUAGCGAUUUUAGUGAUAACCAAGAGGAAGGCGACGAGGGUCACGAUGAAGUUUUGGAUCCAGAUAAUCCAGAACAUGCUUUUGCUAUUAUUGAAAAGAAUUACAUGAAGACAAUUAUCGAAUUAGAAAAUAGGAAAGAUGCCGCCCAAUUCGCGGACGAUUUCAACAAAUUGUUCGACGCCUAUUACAACACUUACAUCAUCCACAAAGAAACCGAAACGCAAUACGAUUGUUUGGAAAAAGAUUUGGAUGAAAAACGAGCCAAGCUCGAAGUGGCCAUUAAAGUUACCGAAGCUGAUAAAACUACCAUCCAUACGCUCAAAGUGGAAAUUGAAAAAGCUUGGGAACUGGCCGAUGCAGCUCACGCUCGCGAGCAACUCGCUCAGGAGAUUAUCGAUAAUUUGAGGGCGCAAGUGGAGAAUUUGAAUGCCGAAAUUGAGUUUAAAAAUAAGAUGAACCAGGAUACAGAUGACGUAGGAGAUUUAAGUAAACACAAAGAUGGUUUAGAAAGAGAACGCGAUAAACUGAUGAAUGAAGUAACUCAAUUAACAACUAAAUUAGUAAAUGCCAUUGGCUAUCAGGAAGAAUUAGAAAAGAAAACUUCAAUGGCGGAUAUAAAGAUUAAUGAAUUGACUAAUCAAUUAGAGGAUCAUGCAGCAGAUAUGCUCAGAGAACGACGUGCCAAAGAAGAACUAGUGAAUGAUUUAGCGGAAGAACGAAAGAAAAUCGAGGACAGAGAUCUAGAGAUUCGUAAUACCAGAGAGAACGUUGUUGAACAAGGAAAGAGAAUAGCGAAACUUGAAAUAGAUGUUAGAGAUCACAGAUACAUCAUUGAUAGACUCAAUAAGGAAAACGAGGUGGCUACAAAUAAAGUAGCAAAACUCCAAGAUGAUUACAAUACGACUGCUUUUGAUCUAGAAAAAACCAAAUCUAUGUUUCAAAAAAAACAGACGGAUCUUAAGAGCGCCGAAGAAGAAAACACUCGUCUCAAGACCGAUUUAGCAAAAUUAAUCAAAGCCAAAGAACUGGCAGAUAAACGAAUCGUAAUGCUUAACGGAGAUAAAGACGAAAUAAAUAUAGACAGACAUUAUAUGCGUCAGAGAAUCGCUGUUUUAGAAAAGGAAGUCGACGAUUACAAGCGAUUCAUGGAAGAAGACAGACGGGCCUUAGAGGCGGCUAGCAAGGAUAAAGAGGGACUCAACAAAACUAUCCAGAGACAUCAAGCAGCUGCCCGAGAUCAAGAAAAACUGAUUCAAAUACAGAAUCAAAGCAAAAAAAAGUUGGAAAUUGAAUUGGACACAUUUUUCAUAGAAAGCGGCAAGCAAAAAAAGCAAAUACAUCAACUGGAAAGGGAAAGAGACAAAUUGGCUGAAGAACAAUUAGAACUUACCAAAACCAUUGAGGACAACAUGGACGAUAUUAGAGCGAAAAAGGCGCAAAUCUUCGACUUGAAGCGAACUAUACAAGAAAAGGAAAUGCAAGUGAGACAACAGCAAAAUAUUUACGAGGCAAUCAGAGCCGACAGGAAUUCGUUACAAAAAUCGUUGCAAGAAUCCACAGCGGAGUGUGGCGAGCUGAAGAAGAAAUUGAAAAUUGUUUUUCAUCAAACCGAACAACUCAAAGAAGAUGUUGCUAUGAAGGAGAAACUAUUGGUGAAAGAUGAAAAUACUUUGAGGAAAGCUGCCAAAGAAAAAGAUAAUCUAAGGAUUGAAGUAAUGGCUGGCUUAAACCAAAUCAGAGAGCUGAGAAAAGACGUGAAAGAACAAAAGGAUGAAGAAAAACGUUUGCAUAAAACCAUACUUGCACACGAAAAAGUCAUUAGAUCUCAAAUUAAAGACACUGAACAGCUGAUGAAUGAAAGAGACGUUUUGGGUUCUCAGUUAGUCAGACGAAAUGACGAAAUAGCUUUGUUGCAUGAGAAAAUUAAAAUUUUACGAUCAACUUUAUCUAGAGGUGAAACCCAAUACGACCAAAGAUUGCAAGACAUCAAACUGCUGAAAAUCGUCAUCAAGCGCAUGAGACAAGAAAAAAUGCUAAUUGCCAAAUCCAUGAACAAUAUGGUCGAUUUGAGACAGGAAAUAUUUCAUUUGGAACGCGAUUUGACUCAAGCCAGGCUGCAAUGCAAAGCUUUGGAACAAGAAGCGCAGAAUCCGUUAAAUAUCCAUAGAUGGCGGAAAUUGGAGGGGUCUGAUCCAGAGGUAGUGGAUUUGUUACAGAAGAUUAGGAGCUUACAAAAGAGGCUGCUUCAGCAAGCUUCUCAAGCAGUAGAGAAAGAGAGGAAGCUCAAAGAAGCUGAACGAUUGUAUUUGAAUCUGAGGAAAGUUUUGGCCAAGCAACCUGGACCUGGCAUUCGAGACGAAUUGGUUAAGACGCAAAGGUCUUUGAAAAAUCGAGGAAAUAAGUUGAAGUGUCUGGUCGCUGAACUAAACAUGUCCGAGCUGAAAGCCGCUGAAUACAAAACGGACGUGGAAAAGCUGGCAGAAGAAUUACGAGAAAUAAAAGAAAAAUAUUUCCAAGAAAAGAAAACGAAUCACGUGCUCCGAAUGGCCCAACGAAAUUCGGAUCGGCCAAAUAGUCCGAGCUCGAUGGUGGUAAAGGACGCGCAAGCGCACAGCCAAACGAGUUUCACCGGUGGCGGGUUUCGAAUGUCUGUGCCACAAUCUCAACAAAUUCCGAUAAAAUAAUCAAGUUUUUCCGCCGGAAAAUAGUGAAUUUUGAUGUAAUCAAUUGUGCUCUUUAUCUGUAAAAUAAAAUCUCGACAAAUUAACAAAAGACUUGCAGUUUAUUCGUGUUAAAAGUUGGUGUAAACAAAAGUUUAUAGGUUAGAAUCGAGCUUGGUGUGAAAAUGUUCAAGAUUUUAGAAGUUUGCGUCGAUAGUCUGGAAUCGGCAGUUGCCGCACUUAACGGCGGCGCCGAUAGGCUCGAGUUGUGCGGUUCGCUCAUAGAGGGCGGCCUGACACCAACUCCCGGUCUUUUGAUUCAAAUUCAAAAAAUGAAUCCGAGACGCGUACCAAUUUAUUGUAUGGUACGGUGCAAGCCUGGGAAUUUUAUUUAUACCCUUGAAGAAAUCGAAAUAAUGAAGGAGGAUGUUAAAAUUUUACGUCGCAGUGGAGCUGAUGGGUUUGUGUUUGGAGCCCUAAAAGAUAAUGGAGAUGUUGAUAUGAAGCUGUGCAGGGAACUCAUCAAAGCUUGCCACCCUUUGCCGCUAACAUUUCAUAGGGCAUUUGAUUCAGUUCGUAGGCCUACAAUUGAAGUUGAAGUGGUUAUUGAUUUGGGUUUCGAGAGGAUUCUAACCAGUGGCAAACAGGCAAAUGCUCAACUAGGUGUCAAGCUUAUUAAAAAAUUAAUUGAUCAAGCGGGUAAUCGCAUAAUUAUUAUGCCUGGUGGCGGCGUUGAUAAGAAUAACAUCAAGUAUAUAAUGGAAAACACUGAUGCCAACGAAAUACAUGGUUCUUUUAAGAAAAUCAAAGAGGAACCCAAGGAGGAGAGUAAGGAAGGUGAAGAAGAAGCCCAACUCAAUUUAAGACAAGUAGAUGUUCCCAUUUACAUUACUGAUGAAGAUUUAGUGGCUGAAGCUGUUAAUAUUUUGAAGUCUAUUUAAAUUUUAGCAAAAUAACUUAAGGGAUUAGAUUAGUAUACAGAAUCAUCUAUUUACUAACUCAAAUAUAGGUACCUAUAUGAAUAAAAAAACAAUAACUUGAUAAGUAUGUGUCCAAAUUUGAAAAAAAAAAUCAUGCUAUUUAUCUAUAUAAAGUUGUGUACAAAAACAAAUUGUAGUACUCACUAAGUACCAAAGUACCUAACUGUUAUACUUAUGUAGACCUGAGUACCUAACUCAAAUACCAACUAAGAAAAUAUAUAAACAUGUUCACCUAUUUUAGACCUUAUUCUAGAACUAAUUAUAAACACUUAUAUUAAGUCUGUUAAUGUGUGUAUUUUGCUGCUGUAAUGAAAUAAAAAGUCUCUUUAAUGUGUUACAAAACAAAAAGUUCGCAUUCAUAUUAUCUAUUCACAAUCCGAUGUCCAAAGGUAAAGGUAAAAUUUAUCCCCUUCCAGUGCUUUUUGCAAUGAAAUAUUUGAUAGGGAAAGGUGAUAAAUUUACCUUUACCUUUGGAUUACAAAUUGUUAAUAGGAUAUACAAGUGGUGUAAUAACAAAAGCUAAUUUUCAUUUCAUAUUUCAGGCCUCAUCUCCUUGCAUUUUUCUAAAAUAGUCCUAACAAUAUUUUCACAAUCUAAAUUAUUAUUAUUCAUUAGCUCAAUAUCCCAGCAAUUAAAAUCAUCUAAGUCACAUUCAGAAGCCACAUCAUCAACCCCUUUUGUAAAUUUCCAACCCCUAGCCUCCCUUACACUUAAAUCAGCCAAAAUCCUAAUAGUUCUAAUAUUAUUAUAAUUUUCUUUGAACCAUUUUAUAUCACUUUUACGUCUCACAUCACUCACUAUCCAUAUUCGUUUGUUGGGGGCCCCUUCACAAGCUGCCCUACAAAAGUAACCAGGAUCAGAUUGUCUGAUUUCGUCGCUCCAAUUUAUCAUGUCGAGUCUGUAUUGUUCUUUGUAGGGUCCGUCGCUCAUCAAGUCUGCUAAAUCUAGCUGGUGGUUUUCGGCGUAGGUUCGCUUCAAAGGGCCCGAGAUUCUUAUUAUGCAGCAAUUGGCAUCUCCUAGGGUGGCUUUGAGUUUUUCGCAGAUGAAGUCUUUGCCACUUUUACGUUUUCCAGUGAAUAACAAGAUGAGAUUUGUCGGUUUUGUCAUAAUUUUUUAUUUUACAAUUUUUUCUACCGUUCUUAUAAAAACUCAAAAAUUUUUGGGGUUUUCAGUUGAGUUCUACAUUUGUUUGUAUAAUGCAUGUAAAAUCAUAUAAAUUAAAUUAAUUUUCAAUUAUUGUUUUUGUUUUGUUGUUAAAAUUUGAUGGUUAAAAAUGUUUAAAUGUUUGUAUAAAUAUAAAUAAUAAAUAAAAUAAAAAAUACCCAAAAAUACAUUCUCAACCAAUUCUCAACAGUCUAGGAGUGCGUUCGAAAUCAC